UUUCGCACCUGAUUCAGGGUUAUGGGACUCUACAUCAACGCCGAGGAUAAGGGACAGCCUCUGCGAAGGGCGUGGCAUGUGUUUCUUCUCGUGCAGUUCUCCGCCCUGUACGCCUCGAUGUUCUACGGGUUGCUGAAGUCCUUGGACGAUAUUGUCGAGACGGGUCGUGAUCUGGCCUUUAUACUUGGGGUUUGUGAUUGAGAGAGAGAGAGGGAGAGGGAGAGCGGAA